CCGCCGCCACCGCCGCCGCCUCCGCAGCACGUCGCGGUUUACCGCUUGCUUCUUACCGCCCCGCCUGCCGUCCUAGACCGGAAGAUCCUCUCGCUCUCUCGCUCUUUCGCUCGUCCGCCUCUUCUUCCACCCGGAGAGUCCGCCUGGCCGCUUCGUUGUGGCCGCUGGAACGCAGAUAUAGAGCCACUCUCCGACUUGCAGACACCAGUCCGAGGAACGAGUGUGGGAGUGCAGGUCAUCGUUGUCGACAGUCGACGGGUCUCGCGGAAGCUUAAGAAAAUAAGCGGCUCCUCCUCUUCAUCGAGAUGACACCGGACGCUCGUCGUUUGAAAUGGAAAAUAGCGUGCCUGGCGUUAGUUCUGGUCUGUCAGACGACACAGCAGAUCGAGGGACAUCCUCGUGCUAGCCAAGUAACAAAGAGACCACCGAUGAAACGAGACGUCUCAAGGCAAAUUACAAUUAGCACCAUGACGGACAGGACUUCUGAUCGUUUUCUGACAUCCCCGAGACCGGAGCAGACGUCCUCAAGAGAGUCCUGGGAAAGUCAAGAGAGGUCAACCGUUAGACACCAGGUGGACACCAGGUUGAACACGAUGGACUCGUUGGACGGAAAAAUCGUCUUCCCAUCAGAUGAUGGCGUCCCGACGAGCAAAGGCAAUAUAGCGAAACCACCGGCCUGCCACGGCAGUACUUUCUGCGAGAAUGUUAGACAGUAUCCCAAGGACUUGGUGGACAUGGCGAUCCAGCACAACAGUAGCCUCAAGUUACUGACGAGCAUCGAUGUGGCUGAUAUAGAACAGAGAAUACAUUCGCCGGACGAAGUGUCGCUUUGUGUCUCCAAUGAGAAGGUGGUUUUCCCGCAGUCCGCGGAGAACACUCGCAAUGAAUGGUUGUUUGUCGUGAAUCAGGAUAACUUCAAGCAAGGUGUACGCGUCGAGCUUUGCAGCGGUGAGGAUCAGAAGUGCAGUGUAUUCGACGGCCUUGUCGAUCACUACCAGACCAUGUGCAAGCAGAAAUACAUCUCUCGCGAACUAGUAGCAUUAGGAGCCAACGGCAAAGUCGUUACGGAUACAUUUCGUUUCCCGGCGAGCUGCUGCUGCCACAUAAAGUACACCGGUACUUCGAAGUCAACGAGAUAAGCAGGCUGCCGGAAAGAUGGAAAGAAUCUACAGGGGACUUUUGGUGAUUCUCAACGUGCAAUAUCCUGUGCAGCUUUGAAUGCGCGACGUGGUCUCUACGAAGUCACAUGUCCGGUGUUAACAUAGUCAAGAGAGAGAGACAGAGAGAGAGAGAGAGAGAAAGAGAGAGAGAGAAAGCCGGCGAACUUCCGCUCGAUCAGUUUCUUUCUUUCAUUUUUUCCGUACUACGAAGGAAAACAAUGUAUUAUGACAAAUAGAAAAUCACUAAGUGUAAGUAAGAAGAUUCUUGCGUGUCUGCUUGCAAUGAUCUUUAACAAAGUACGACGAUUGAUAGCAAGUAAGUCGCGUUGCGUAUCACACACGAGUUCUCAUGUGUGCUUUCGCUUCUCGGGAAUAAUAAUCAGCGACGUUAUAAUUCAUACGACUGCAAUUAACGGAGACAAGCGAUCGUGUGCAUAUCUCUGCAAAGAGACACAGUUAUUUCUGGCUUUUUCCUCUCGAUAAAUAAUAGAAGCGCAUUCUCCACGGUAUUCUUCUUCUAACAGACGCGAUCGAGUUUCGAUAAUAGGAUAAAAAACUUGUACAAAAUUAUUAUUACUAUUAUUAUUAUGUGAUAUUAUGUGAUACGAUUAUAUGUAUAUACAUGCGCAUACAUACGCACACGCAUGUACAUAUGUAUGCGCAUUUAUAUUUGUAUGUCUUAGGAAUUACAUUAACGUUGUAUUUUCUCUUACGUAUCAAGUAUAGAAUAAAGAAAGUGAGCUGUU